AUAAAACCCAUCAGUUUUUGUCAAACCACGAAACAUACAACAAAAUGGGAAAAAUUACGCUUUACGGAAUCGAUGGAAGUCCCCCAGUCCGAUCAGUACUCCUCACCCUCAAUGCCUUGGGCCUGGACUUUGAGUACAAGAUCGUGAAUCUGCUGGAGAAGGAGCACCUGAAGCCGGACUUCCUGAAGAUCAAUCCCCUGCACACGGUGCCCGCUCUGGACGACAACGGCUUCUACCUGGCCGACAGCCACGCCAUCAACUCCUACCUGGUCAGCAAGUACGGCAAGGACGACUCCCUCUACCCCAAGGAUCUGCAGAAGAAGGCCAUCGUGGACCAGCGUCUGCACUACGACUCCAGCGUGGUCACAGGCGCGGCAAAGGCCAUCACGGCUCCCUUGUUUUGGGAGAACAAACUGGAGAUCCCCAAGGCCAAGAUCGACGCCCUGGAGGCCGUGUACAAGACCCUUAACCUGUUCCUGGAGAGUGGCGACUACCUGGCCGGCGACCAACUGACCAUUGCCGACUUCUCAGUGAUGGCCGUCCUCACUGGAAUGGUGCUGUUCCUCGAGGUGGAUGCCACCAAGUACCCCAAGCUGGCCGCCUGGAUCCAGAGGAUCAAGGCUCUGCCCUACUACGAGAAGGCCAAUGGCAUUCCGGCUAAGCAGUUGAUUGCUAUUGUUUCCAGCAAGAAGUUUACUAUUGUUUAAAUUUUUGUUAAUUAUUUUUUAUAUAAAAAGAUAAUAAAUUAUUGA